AGGAAUCGCUGGAGGGAGGGAUGGCUGAAUAACGAGGAGAGAAACACCCACUCCGGACUGUAUCCGGAGAGAGAAGGAGGGAGAGAAAGAAAGAGAGAGAGAGAGAGAAAGAGUAAGAAGAAAGAGAGCAGUCUUUUGGUAUUCAGAGGAUUUCCUUUGGGGAUAAAAGGACGCUUUGAAUUGAUGACUGGAGAGGUCUGCUGGUUGUAGGAUGUUGUCAACGGGGCAGAUUCGGUGGUGCUUGUGGGCUCCACUGGUGUUACUGGUCCUAGUUUCCCAUUUCCCCUCCAAGGCACAGAGUCAAGUUCCAUCGCCGAGGAGGCUGCGUUUCAAAGUGCUGAGCUCAAGCAAACUCCUCGUUUCAUGGAAGGAGCCCAAAGGAGACUUUGACAGCUAUCUAUUCCUCUACAACAGCACAGGUGGUCGGCAGAGGGAGAUCAUCAUAUCUAAAUCUGACACUAAGGUGUUGAUAACAGAUUACACCUCCUCUAAGGAAUACACGGUCAGCGUCAUCAGUGUCAGUGGCAGUGAGCAGAGCAGACCACUUCAGGGCAGACAUAAAGCUGAAGGAGGUGAGAGUGACGGAGAAGACAAGACUAAUCCCGAGAGGCUGACUGAGUCAGUUGUACCACCUGAGGAUGCCAACGAGAUUUCUGGAGUGGAUCAGUUUGUGUGCCACACUGAGGCCAUUGCAGACAUCGUGAUCCUGGUGGACGGCUCCUGGAGUAUCGGUCGGCUCAACUUCCGGCUGGUCCGCAUGUUCUUGGAAAAUCUGGUCAAUGCUUUUGAUGUUGGCAUCGAUAAGACAAGGAUAGGUCUGGCUCAGUACAGUGGUGAUCCCAGGAUAGAGUGGCAUCUAAAUGCUUUCACCACAAAAGACACCGUCCUUGAUGCCGUUAAGAACCUACCAUACAAAGGAGGAAACACUCUCACAGGCCUUGCGUUGACCUAUAUCUUGGAGAACUGCUUCAAACCUGAGGCUGGCUCACGGGAGGGUAUACCGAAAAUUGGGAUCCUCAUCACAGACGGGAAGUCCCAGGACGAUGUCAUACCUCCUGCAGAGAGCCUGCGAAAUUCUGGGGUCGAGCUGUUUGCUAUUGGUGUUAAAAAUGCUGAUGAGAAUGAGCUGCUCUCCAUCGCCUCAGAGCCGGACAACACUCACGUCUACAACGUGGCCGACUUCAACGUCAUGAGCUCCAUUGUAGAGGGUCUGACCAAGACUGUGUGUGAACAGGUGGAGCAGCAAGACAAGGACAUCAAACUGAAUCGGCCACCAGAGAAGACGGGAGCUCCGCUUGACCUGGUAACCUCGGAAAUCACGCCCGGGAGCUUUAGGGUUUCAUGGAGCAACGCCCCCGGAAACGUUGAGAAAUACAGAGUGGUUUAUGUCCCUGCUAUCCGAGGACAAACACUGGAGGCGGUAGUCGACGGUAGUGAGACUUCAGUGGUGUUAGAGCAUCUCAGCCAUCAAACUGAGUACCAGCUGGCUGUGUUUGCUGUGUACGCAAACGAGGCGAGCAACGCUCUCAGAGGAUCAGAAACAACCCUGGCCCUACCCACGGUGACGGCCCUCCAGCUGUUUGAUGUGACUCACAGCACCAUGAAAGCAAGAUGGCACAGUGUGGAUGGAGUUUCUGGCUACAUGCUGACGUAUGCACCGCUUACAGAUUAUGUAGAGGAUGACGAGAAGCAGGUCAAGGUGUCGGAUGCAGUGACAGAGGUGGAGCUGGAUGGGUUGACCCCUCACACUAAAUACAUCGUCGAUGUUUAUGCCAUUUAUGGGGAGGAGACCAGUGACCCUAUUACAAACCAGGAAACUACAUUAAGACUGAGUCCUCCCAGCAACCUCCAGUUCUCUGACAUCACUCACAACUCGGCCCACAUCAGCUGGGACCCCGUGCCCAAAGGAGUUAAAGGUUACCGAAUCAUGUGGGUCAAGACAGACGGACUAGUCACGGAGGAGGUGGAGGUGGGUCCAUUGAACUCUUACGACCUCAGUGAGUUGACGUCUCUGAUGGAGUACUCAGUAGCCAUCUACGCCAUGUACAAUGAGGGCCAAUCAGAGCCACUCACAGACGGAUUCACUACCACUCCAGUUCCUGGUCCUUUGAAUCUCCGCUCCAAUGAUGUUGGCACAGACAGCUUCCAGGUCAGCUGGGAUCACUCAGCGAACGACAUUGUCCUCUACAGACUCUCCUGGGCACCGUUCACAGGCGGCGACACAAAGGAGGUGGUCUUGAUUGGAAGUGAUAACAGAUACAUCCUGAACGGUCUGAGUCCCUUGACUGAGUACGAAGUUAUGUUGACGGCUAUAUUCAAAGAUGAAUCAGAGAGCGACACCGUCUCUGUUAUAGAGACCACAUUGGCAGAGACAACAACGAUUGCUCCUACCACAACCGCAGUGGCACGUCAGGCUGUGAGAAACCUUCUGCUGAGUGACGAGACCACCCAGAGCAUAGAGGCAUCAUGGGAGCUGGAAGACCCCCAUGUGGAAAGCUACAGGGUCUCCUACGCCGGCCUCAGGGGCGACCACAAAGAGGAGUCUGUGUUAGUUCCUGGUGGUCAGAGGAGAGCAGUGCUUCAGCCUUUACUGUCAGACAUGCAGUACAAAGUGACAGUCACACCGGUGUACUCCGACGGACAAGACGGCGUCAGUGUCUCUGCGCUGGGCGCCACAUUGCCCCUCUCGUCUCCUGAAAACAUACGUGUGUCAGAGGAGUGGUACAACCGCCUCAGGGUCACCUGGGACCCACCUCAGUCUCCUACAGCGGGUUACAGGAUCGUCUACCAGCCCAUCUAUGUUCCAGGACCAGCUUCGGAGACAACAGUGGGUGAAGAUGUGAACUCCAAGCUGCUUCUGAAUCUACUAAGUGGGACGGAGUACAGUGUUCAAGUGACGGCUUCUUACCCUACGGGACAAAGUGAACCAGUGCUACUGAAUGCCAAGACAUUGUUCUUUGGCGUCUCAGGCUUGUCGACCUACCAGGUACGUCCAACCAGCCUGUGUGUCCAAUGGCAGCCUCUUCUACAUGCCACGUUGUACAGAGUCUCCAUACAGUCUACACUCAAUGGUCAGAGGCAGGAAGUCAGCCUGGGAGGUAGUGCUUCCCGACAGUGCUUCUAUGACCUCACUCCAAGCAGCCAGUACCAGAUCAGCGUUCACGCCCAGAUGCAGGAAAUGGAGGGACCUUCUGUCUCCAUCACUGACAUGACAAUGCCAGCGCCCACUCAAGCUCCGACUGAACCCCCCACCACAGAGCCCCCUCCCACCAUCCCACCUGCUAAAGAAGUGUGUAAGGAGGCCAAGGCUGACUUGGCAUUCCUGGUCGACGGUUCUUGGUCCAUCGGAGACGACAACUUUAUGAAGAUCACACGUUUCCUCUACAGCACCAUGGGAUCACUGGAUCUGAUUGGACCAGAUGGCACACAGGUGGCCAUCGCUCAGUUCAGCGACGACGCUCGGACCGAAUUCCAGCUGAGUUCCCAUGGCAACAAGGAAGCACUGUUGGAAGCUAUUCAGAGGAUCAGAUACAAGGGAGGAAACACCAAGACAGGUCGGGCCAUCAAACAUGUGAAGGAGUCUAUUUUCACCCCAGAGGCCGGAGCUAGACGGGGCGUUCCUAAAGUCCUGGUUGUUCUCACUGAUGGACGUUCGCAAGAUGAUGUCAACAAAGUGUCCAAGGAGAUGCAGAUGGACGGCUAUAUCAUCUUUGCCAUUGGCUUUGCGGACGCGGACUAUGGGGAGCUGGUGAAUAUUGCCAGCAAGCCCAGCGACAGACACGUGUUCUUCGUGGACGAUUUGGACGCUGUGAAGAAAAUAGAAGAACAGCUCAUUACUUUUGUCUGCGAGGCUGCCACCGCCACUUGUCCGUCUGUUUUGAUGAGUGGUAACACAAUGGCAGGUUUCCGUAUGAUGGAGAAGUUUGGCCUCGUAGAGAAGGAGUACAGCACCAUACCUGGAGUUUCUCUGGAGCCGGGUUCAUUCAACAGCUUCCCCUGUUACAGAUUACACCGUGACGCCCUGGUGUCACAGCCCACCAAGUACCUCCACCCUGAAGGUUUACCGUCGGACUACACCAUUUCUAUGAUGCUCCGCCUACUUCCUGAGACACCGCAGGAGCCCUUUGCAUUGUGGGAAAUCCUCAACAACGACAACGAGCCAUUGGUGGGACUAAUCCUGGACAACUCUGGAAAGACCUUGACGUUCUUCAACUAUGACUACAAAGGAGACUUCCAGACCGUCACCUUUGAAGGAACUGAAAUCAAAAAGAUCUUCCAUGGCAGCUUCCACAAGCUCCAUGUAACCAUCAGCAAGACGUUUGUGAAGGUGGUGUUAGAUUGUUCUGUGGUCGGGGAGAAAUCCGUCAGUGCUGCUGGUAACAUCACCACCGAUGGAGUGGAGAUCCUCGGGAGGAUGGUUCAGUCCAGAGGCAGACGGGACAGCUCUGCUCCAUUCCAGCUCCAGAUGUUUGACAUCAUCUGCAGUACAUCCUGGGCGAGUAGAGAUAAGUGCUGCGAGUUGCCAGCAUUGAGAGUUGAGGAGCAGUGCCCCUCCAUGCCUCAUGCCUGUACCUGCUCCCAGGACAGCAAAGGACCUCCGGGACCUUCGGGACCCCCAGGCGGUCCAGGCAUAAGGGGAGCCAGAGGAGACCGAGGAGAGCCAGGAGUGACGGGACCUCAAGGCGUAGUGGGAGAGAUUGGCUCUUCUGGACCAUCAGGGCCGCCUGGUCCUCAGGGACCAAGUGGUCUCUCUAUUCAGGGGCCCCCGGGUGCUGCUGGGGAGAAGGGAGAGAGAGGAGAGAUCGGUCCAGCCGGACAAAUGGGCGUUCCUGGAAGCUUGGGCUCCCCUGGUAGAGACGGUCCCCCAGGACCAAGGGGGUUGCCGGGUAAUAAUGGACCACAGGGACGACAAGGACCUCAUGGACCUGUUGGAACCCCGGGAGCACCAGGAGCUCCAGGACCUGUUGGGUCAGCAGGGUCCCAAGGAGAUCAAGGACUUCCUCCUGGUCCUGCUGGUACCAAAGGCGAUAAGGGAGAAAGAGGUGACGUGCAAUCCCAAGCUGCUGUGCGCGCCAUCGCACGGCAAGUGUGUGAACAGCUCAUCCAGAGCCACUUGUCUCGCUAUAACUCCAUACUGAACCAGAUACCCGUCCAGUCGUCGACGUCAGUCCGAACAGUACCCGGUCCGCCCGGAGAGCCGGGUAGGAGAGGCACCCCAGGACCUCAGGGAGAGCAAGGGCCAUCCGGCAGGCCAGGCUUCCCUGGUACCAGCGGCCAGAACGGACGACCGGGAGAGAGAGGUCUGUCGGGAGAGAAGGGAGAGAGGGGGAAUCCAGGGGUUGGGAGUCAGGGACCUCGAGGACAAUCUGGGCCUCCAGGCCUGCCAGGUGAAGGACGGACAGGCAGCCAGGGCCCCCCUGGUCGGCCUGGUAACCCGGGAACACCGGGGAGGUCGGGGAAUCCAGGUACCACUGGAACAGCAGGCCCGCCAGGAUACUGUGACCAGAACUCCUGUAUGGGGUACAACGUCGGAGUUCAACAGGACUAUGGGAAUGACUACUGAGGAGCAUUCUCCAACCGUCCUCCUCUCCUCCCUCCACUCCUCCCUCUGUGCUCUGUACAUAAGACUAAAAACUGAGGAAAUUGAUCCUUCAAGGCCUCCGUAUUUCCUGGGAUGGAUAAUUACUCCUGACCCCGGUGUUUAACCUCUAAUCCCUGCAGCAGUGGUUUUUACAUUUUUUCUCUUGCAACCAACACUUAGAUGGCAACAAAUCUAACAACCUGAACAUUUUUAUUCGCCCAAUUAAAGUCAAAAAGAGAUUUCAGUCAACUUUGCGUCCUCACUUUAGUCUGGUGUCGCUUUUUAGAAACCUUAUUCGCACCAGAUUUUCAGUCAUUAUGCACACAAUGCUCUGUGAUUCCAGUUCAUGAAUAGAAACUGGAUUAAUUUCUACCGUCAGUUAACUUUCUUGAUAGAAUUGGAUCAUUAAAUCAGGCUGCUUCAUCAUUUGACAGUCUCGGAGACAAAAACAGAUUAGCUUACCUUCCCGCAAGACCAAAACAAAACCCCGUUAACGCUGCUGCAAUGAUCACCACCACUGAUCUCAGUGCCAUCUGUCUACAAAAACUCAUGCACACAAUAGUUUUCUGCUGCAGCAGCCUCUGCUUCAAGCUCAAAUCUCUUCGACGAUAAUCUCAUCUUUCAAAGCCUGAUGGAUCGGCUAAAUAGUGUUGAAUUGCUUUGAUGCCGAUUGGCUGCAUUCAUUACUGAACAACCCCUCUAUCUGCACAUCUCAUCUACUGUAAACUGGGCAAAACUUUAACCCCUAACAUGGCCCAGAUGUGAUCUUUUUUAUUUCUGGAAAAAUGAUCCGAUCUGGGCAAUACAUAAAAGAAACCAUGUUUUUCUUAAAUUUCAUUAACCCACUUCCUCAUUAACCAAAACGUUUGGACUAUCGUAGGACCCAAAUCUGCCUGUGCAACUCCUAUUGUUUUAUAACCUUUUAAUAGCACACUGCCUACUUAUUGCUAAUAAGUGAUGGUGGUUCCAAUCCCAAAGUCAGCCUUAACUUUGCUCCAUGUUCCCCAUGGUGGUGGUUUUACGUUAGCUGCGCUAAACAUUAACUCAAACUGACUCUAAAUAUUCCCACCACCCCAGUCCAACCUCUGCCUCACGGCGGCUACCAGCCCUACAAUCCGCCCUACAACCCUGCUGCAGGGGCUUACAACAACGUCCAAGGAGGUCAAGACGAGGAGGAGGACGAGGAGGAGGAGGAGGAGGAGGGAGAGGAAGAGCAGGACCCCUAUUACCGUGGUUACCCCCCUCAGUACUACCCCCAACCGCCGUCACAACCGGCUCAUGGCCCCCACGGUUACCGCUCGGGCCCCACCCACUCUGAGGACACGGAGUUGAGGUCGCCGGGCGUCGCCAGGAGGUUUUCACGUGACGUCGCCGUCGUGGAGGAGUGAGGACUUUAGAGGAAGGAUGGACUCACCUAAAGUGCUUGAGCCCUGCACGCCACAACACACGCACUGAUAUUCACACAUGGAAACAAAUUCAAAGACUGAUAUGCACGCACACAUCGUCCCCCAUCUGAAACUGUGGUGAGAGCCCCCCACCCCCCUCCCUGUGUAUCCAGUGGUUUUCUCCACCUGGUGAAACUAUGUAAAUAGCUCUGUGGACUCUUGUACGAUAUCUCUGUAAAAGGGGGGUCCGAAAAGUGCCUGAUCUAUGUUAGCAUCGUCCAGUGGUAAUGUAAAGGUAAGACCGGUUUCUUCCCAUCUCACAGCUGAUUUCAGGACUAAGCCCUUCUUUUUGUGUGAAGCUGCAUGUCUCCUUUGAGCCAAACAUUGAGUGUGUAACUGGACAUGUGCAUCUUGUUUUGGUCGUAUGUAACUAGCUAGAUUAUUUCACAAUUCAAAACGGAGGACGUUGAGCUGGCAACAUUUGUACAGGCUACCUUUUUAUAAUGACGAAUCACGAUU